AUGUUCCGGUGCUCGCAUUGUGACAAGACCUACCAACGAAAAGCGCAUUUACAGCGUCAUGAAGUGACCCAUACCGGCCAGACUACCUCAGCAUGUCCAUUUUGCAAAAAGGCCUUUGUCAAACCGGAGGUUGCUCGACGACAUAGCAAAACAUGUGCGAUUAAAUACAAUCAACAGGCCGCUCCAGCAGCGAAAGCGGGCAGGAAAAGGCAAUCUUGCGAUCAGUGUUUCUCUAUGAAAAGAGCAUGCGACAAAGAUUCCCCAUGCUCGCGCUGCCGUUCUCUUGGACAGCAAUGCACAUAUGCAUCUCACCAAGACCUUUCCUUGAGCCGCUCCGGUCCGAUUGACGCGUCCCUGUCGCUAUCGAUACAGGCGCCCCCAGUAUCUAAGGACGACUUGCAGUUCUCGUUUCUUCGGCACUUUACCGAUCCUUGUGUUGAGAGGGACAGGCUCGCUAUCGGAACGACUGCAGAAUGUUCUGUCCGAAGAAAUCUCGAAACCCUAUAUUCUCACCUCGAAGAUGCUCUCAUACCUCUGGAUUCUUUGGCAGCUGGCUUCAGUGAUCUUCUGGGAACUGAGACCUUAUUUCGCCCUCCUUUAGCCACAGACGAAUUUCUGCCGUUUGACUUCCUAUCAUACGGCCCUAGUCCCACCAGACUUUCCGAGCAGCUGAACGAACUGAUGCUGGAAGUGAUUGAGACCUCAAAGUCAAUAAAACUUGGCAAUACCAGUGGCGCACAGCCCCUCUAUAAUGCUGCACAACUAGCUCCCCUCUUCACGGUUUCUAAUCUUGCUACGUUCAUCACGGUCUUCUUCCACUCUCUCCAUUGGCAUCUCCCCGUUGUGCAUUUUCCUACGUUCGAUCCGAGUAGCGUCUCCAACCCACUGCUACUCUCAAUAUUCUUGGCUGGUGCCACGUACAGCAGCUCAUCUAGCGAUGCGGCCUUGCUAUCUGGUCUUCUUGAUGUUGCUGAGGAGCAUAUAUUUCGACAAAUAACAACCUUGUCGGCACAACCCGCUCCACCCAAAAAUGAUAUCACGCAUCAGCGCUCUACUAUCCAGCUCAUGCAAGCCGCACUAAUUAUUGAAAUGCUGCAGUUCGGACAAGAAAAGAUUGAAACAAGGCGCCGCAUUCGAAUCAUACGCCACCCAAGUUUGGUGUCUCUUAUGCGUUGUAUGGGCAUUUUCAACCUCAAGCGGACCAUGUCUCCAACAUCUUGCAAUUGUGACGACUUCAAAUGGAGGGAGUUGGUCGCCGAGGAAAUGUGCAUACGUCUUGCAUCAUGGGUAUUCCUUGCCGAUGGAUUCCUGACUCUCUGUUUCAAGAACCGCCCGACUGUAUCCAUCUUCGAGAUGGACUGUUCGUUUUCAUGGAGGACAGAUUUAUGGGAGGCCGAGAGUGCGUCUAACUUCAGUGAACUCGCCGAGGCUCAUGGAACGCGACUCCCACUGCCAUCCGUCAGAGAAGCAGUUCGCCUAUUGAUCGAUAACCGUGACACUGGCCAUAUACCAUCCAAGCUAGCACUUUCCGCCGAGCAUCUGUUAAUCAUGAUCUACGCAUUGAAUUCCCUCGCUUUUCUGGCCAGGUCCGAUUUUUGCGGGUCCGUGCCUCUGGACAAGAUAGGACACGCCGCCUACAACUGGAAACAAAUCUGGAAUCGGGUAUAUAAUGACCCAAGCAACAAAAAAUUGCUGCUCCUAGGGUAUCCGAAACACGCAGAAGAGCUUUGGCUACUCCUGACGGUGACAGUGAGCAUUUCCAGUCAGAGCUCCACAAAUCUUCCGAACUACCUGGAUAGUGCAGCCACAGAUGAUCUCGGAAAACUAAACGAGUUUAUCCAAUGGUGUUGCCGAUACAUUAAACUACCCGGCGCGCUGGGUGUGGCAUGA